CUCAUCCGCAAGUACCCUUCUGAUAAUUUCUGUGUCGCAAACAACAGGACCAUGCGCUUCGUGCCCUUGCACACUGUGCCAACUCCACCUUCUUUGUUACAGGAGUGGCCCUUGGUUUGUUCUGUGAACCCCUUGGUGGGGUGAUUGGGGCUGCAGUUGUGAGUUAUAUGGGACUUAGUGCCCAAUCAAGGAUCGCGCAAUACAUAGACGAUUCCCGGGUUCGCGAUGAGAUCGAAGUGGCAACCUUUAAGUUUUUCUUUGUCAAGUUCUUGACACGUCCCGUAUUGGAGCAGAACACUGACUACCUGAUGACCUGGCUAUUGACCACUUUGAAGCCCAUGCUCGAGUCCGUAUUUCCCAAGAUUGCCGACAUGCUUCCUACCGGUGCAACUGCAGUGAGCAAACACGGAGUAUAUAACCUUCUUGAAAAGGCCAUCGACAAAGCUGCGCAAGGAGUCUCAUUCCAGGAUGAUGAGCGUCUGUACACGCAUAGCCUCCUUCCUAGCGCUUACCAUAUUAAAAAUGCUCUAUCAAAUGGGGCAUUGGAUCUAGUCGCAGGCUUGCCACAGCCUGGCGUUGACAUCCUCCAUUGGGGUUACCACAAGGGUCCCAACCAAAUAUGGACUUUCCAACCGGGUGCUUCCGGUUAUUUGAUAAAGAAUGGCUCAGGAGGUACCUACAUGUCCUUUGCUUCUGCCGCUGUAGCCACAAAUGGGACUCCGGUGACCGGGAAUCCUCUCCGCGCGGUGUGGAAGGUCGAGUGUGAUGGGGACCACUACAAGUGAGUCGGGUCAUACAAGGCAUGGACGUUGCACUGGUGGCUCUCCUGCGCAAGAUUGGUUCAUGCAGGUCCAAGCAACGAGAGGAAGGAUCUUGCCCUCGACUUGCUUAAUCACGACAUUGGAAUGAAGGAAAGUGGGCGUAAACAUGCGAAAGAAAACAGCCAGGAAUGGAUUCUUGAACCCUACUGAACGGCGCCUCGAAGGCCAGUGCAUUGGCUUGUUUAGGAGAUCAAGUACAUAGUAUAGAUAUAUGCUUUAGGUCAUUCGUGUUCCCCUAUGAAACUGGAUAUGUUAAUAGAAUGGAC